AUACGUCGACGGCAGACGUCAAUAGUCGACGCUACAUGUGUUGCGCGUAAUUUUAGUUUGUGAACGAGAUUUUAAUAAUGGCGUCGUUAUUUGUGGUGGACACUUGUGGCGACCAGCAGUUAUUCAGUGGAGAUGGUCUACAGCACUCCUCUAUUGUAUAUAAUGAAAUCUCCAAGGGUCGGGAACUGGCUGUUGAUCAGGAGGCUAGCGAAGAGGAAGAUGAGCAGGAUGAUGAGGAAAUGGAACUGUUUGGCGUCAAGUUAAGGUGUAAAGAUGUUAGCAAAGUUCUUGCUACCGCACAGGGGAAUACCAAACGACUGCCUUCCAAAGUGGCCCUCCAACUUGAUGAGGUUACUGAAAUGGUGAACGAAGCGGCACAAAAUGCAGCCACGCACAAGUUACAAAUGCGUCAGAGGAUCACAGAAAUCAACAGCGAGACGAGCGAGGAUAUACAAGUGCGAAAAAUAAAUCUCGAAAAAGAUAUGCAAAAUACGAAGGACUUAAACGGCAUCGCACAGCAGAAGGCAUUACCCACAGUGUCCAGGCGCAAGCAGCCCGUACUAAACAGAGCGGAACGUGCUAAGACGAAGGGCAGCGGCUGGUUUGAUUUGCCGGCAACAGAAGUUACUGAUGAAAUGCGCAAUGAGCUGAAGAUUAUACAAAUGCGUUCGGUGCUGGAUCCUAAACAUUUCUACAAAAAGAAUGAUCUGAAGGUGCUGCCAAAAUACUUCCAAAUCGGCACAGUUCAGCCCUCGCCUCUGGAUCAUUUUGAAGAGAAACAUAUACGCAAGACCAAAAAGUCGCUGGUGGACGAACUGUUGGCGGAUGAGGCCUUUCAAAGCUUUAAUAAACGAAAGUAUAAGGAGGUGAUAAUGCGAACAGAUAAAUACGCCCAUCGCAAGGCCAUGAAGAAAAUGAAGAAGUUGAAGAAGAAUAAAUAAACAAAACUUGUUGAAAAUUGUAUAUUAAAGCUAGUUUAU